AUGUCUCAUAUUGCCCAACCGGUUGAUCCUGAUCUAACUGCUAAGCUACUGGGUCGCGGCGUUGCCGUAUCGCCGAUUGUAACGGUCGAGCCGCGCCGUCGCAAAUUCCACAAGGCAAUCACACUGAGCAUGCCCGCCCCGAAGGCGCACAGCCAGGGCAUGAUCAAUCAAUAUUCGGGCAAUACGCCAACUCUGCGUCUGCUGUGUUCAAUAACAGGCGGACCAUCCCGAGCACAAUGGGAGGACGUUACCGGUUCCACACCGUUGACAUUUGUCAACGAUUGUGUUUCAUUUACGACCACAGUUUCUGCCCGUUUCUGGCUAAUGGAUUGUCGCAACAUUUCUGAUGCAACCAAAAUGGCAACAGAGCUGUACAAGGAAGUCAUUCACGUGCCCUUCAUAGCCAGAUUUGUGGUAUUUGCCAAAAAAAUAGAACCCUUCGAGGCACGUCUACGUGUCUUCUGCAUGACUGACGAUCGCGAGGAUAAGACGCUGGAGAAGCACGAGCUUUAUACGGAGGUCGCCAAGAGCCGCGAUGUUGAGGUGCUCGAGGGCAAGCCCCAGUAUAUCGAAAUGGCUGGUAAUCUGGUGCCCGUAACCAAGUCGGGUGAUCAGUUGCAGCUGCAGUUCAAAGCCUUCCGCGAGAAUCGUUUACCAUUCACGGUGCGCGUAAAGGAUCAGCACGCAGAUAUUGUUGGUCGCACGCUGUUCAUGAAGGAACCCAAAGUGGCUAAGGGCGAACAACCACAGCAACCCAUCUGCAUACUAAAUAUUGUUUUGCCGGAAGCCGUCAUACCCGAUUCGACGACAGCGUUCUCGGAACGGGUCUCUUCUGCCUAUCGCACCUCGAUGUUCAGCUUGAGCAAGCAUCAAAACGACCAUUACAUUGGUGAUAUACGCAUUGUUGAUCUUUCCAAUUUAUUGGGCAAAGAUUGGAUACAACUGGCACCAGAGAUAGGCAUAACCGCUGAUGAGAUCGAUGAAAUCAUCAACCAAAAUACCGACAGUAUUGCGCGACAGGCGCAGAGCAUGAUUCGUUUGUAUAAAGAUAAGCCAAACUAUGAUAUCUUGGCGCUGGAAACGGCGCUUAAGAACAUUGGACGCGACGAUAUCAUGAAGAAGUGCAAAAGUGGAAGACUAUCGCAUUCACGCGAAUUUGACGAGGCAGAUCUCAUGAAGAACUCCGAAUCCGUAGAGGAGCUAGUUCGCAGAGAAAGCAAGCGAAUCCAGCAAAUCAAUGAGCGCGAAGAAGUUAAAUACUCCGCCGAGGAGAAGGAAGUCGAAGAGUCAGAGUCCGAUGAGGAGCUAGCGAAACGAACCGUUGCCGAACGUCGAGAGAAAAUUGUGAAACGUCUUUCAGUGGAACGCUCCAUACCAGCCUCAACCCAAAAGAAGGAAAUUACACGAGAGAUAACCGAAAUCAAACGCAAGAGUUUGAUUGAGGAUAAAAAGGCACAUCACGAAUCGGAGAUUCUGAUGCAAUUACCCGCCGACAAUGUCAUAAUAAAAACGGCAACUGUGCCCGAGCAGGUCAUUAAAAUGAAGAUGGGUAAAAUGGAUUCGACCGAAGUGAGCAAAACCGAAUUUGACAGGGAGUUGACGCACAAGUUUAAAACUUCCGGGCGCAGCUCUGAGGAAGAAGAGGUACCUUCUCCAGACAAGAUUGAUAAGAUUGUCCAGGACAUUAGCACCGCUGAGAAGACAGCCAAGAAGGACACGGCUACCACAAGUCGAGUGGCUACAAUUACCCGCCAGGAAGCACGUGAUAUGACCGAGGAUUUCUUGGAAUUCGAAAAGCGCAGCCAACUACCAGCUGCCACGACAACGGCCACGGUACACGAGAAGUUCGUAGAGGAGAUCAAAGAAAAGACAAGUCCAGUGGCAGCAAUGACACAGGAUACGCUUAGAGAGGUUGAACAGGUCAUUAGCGAGGUUACUGAAACUGCCAGUAAGAAGGUGGAGAAUAUAAUAAGUUCUUUCGAGAGUGGCAAACAGGAGAUCAAGGAGAAGAGCACAGUGCUGGCCGGAGAGGUCGCCAAAGAAACAACGAAGGUCAGCGAGACCAUAAAACAUCUACAAGAUGCACAGUCCUUAUCUAUUGAAGAGUCCGUUAAAACAGUCCAAGUUGUCGAGAGUACAAAGAUUGACGAAAAAAUUGCUGAUUUCGAGGCCAAAAAGGUUAGAUACGAUUUCCAUGGCGGAGAACCAAAGACACAUAUACCGAAACCUGUUAAAAAAUCCAGCGAGGACACGCCUAAACCUACAGCGGCUCCUCGCGCCGCAGCUGAAUCUGACUUUGAGAAACCAUCUGAAGCAAAGGUGGAGAAGCCGCUUUCCAAAAUACCAGUCAAAACUGGCGAGGCUGUCAAGAUUGCCGAAGUGGAUGCACGAAAGUUGACACAGGAUUUUCUCCAAACUGAGCAAAAGACACAACUGCCGGCCCAAGCUGCUGCUGAGCAUAAAGCAGCUCCGGCUGCAAGUAAGAUACCUAAAGUGGAGCCCAGAAAGUCGGUGGAGAAGCCGGUCGAAAAAGAGACGAAAAUCUUUGAUGAUAUUGUUCUAUCUACUGCCACCAUAAUGACAUCUGGAAUGGCAAGCGAGCCUCCCAAAGAACAACCGGAAAUUGCUGCCAAGGCCGAAACUGUGACUGAAAAGUUAACCGAUCUGAUUCACACUUUCCACAAACUCGAAGAUAGACUAAGCAAAACUGAAAAGCCUCUAGAAAUAGCUAGCAAGGUGGAAGGGCUCGCAGGCACAAAGGAGGAGCCUUUACUUACAGCUCAACAAGAACUACCAAAAUUGUCUAAAACGGAAGACAAAGUCGCAGAAAAGGUUGCCGAAGUUGUCGAGACAUUCCACAAAAUCGAGGAGCAGAUCGUCUUUGAUACUCACAAGCAAACUCAUGAUUUCCUACGCAUGGAACAGCAAAGCCAAUUGCCCAGCAUGCCUAGUGUAACUGAGAAAAUGCUCGAGUCCAGCCAGACAUCAACAGCUUCUGAGCCCGAUUCAGUGGUAACUGUGAAGGCAGCGCCUCCCGCUAGCAAAAUACCAGUAGUUGAACCCAGAAAAGCAUUGGUUGAGGAAGCACUGAAGCCAGCUGAAGUAUCAGAACAACUUAAGGAACGUCAGCUUACGGCGGACUUCCUUCACAUGGAGCAGCAAACCCAGCUGGAGUCUCAGCCUCAAAAGACCAUAACGGCUAGCGCUGAAGCGACAAUCUUGCCUGAAAUCAUUCAGCCAAAACUUGCUGCCAAGGAACCUACUGCUAUCGCUGAUAUUAGUACAGCCAUAUAUAAGGAACCAACAGCCCCUACACCUGAGUCCGACACAAAGAUCGUUUCGGAAGAUGGCAUUGAGUCGGCGGCGCCAAUUGGUGAAGUAUCACCAUUUGCCACACGCAAGUUAACCGCCGAUUUCCUAACUAUGGAGCAACAAACUCAGUUGCCCAGUGCUGUUAAAGACAUUGGCUCAUACGAUAGUGAUACAUACGACAAAAGAGCCACUGUUCCAUUGAGCGACAUCAUAAAGGAAGAGGGACUCUAUGUACCGCUGCCCAUUGAACCGCGCAAGUCGCUUACCGAUGCGGAGUUUUGCAAAUAUGUGGGUGACACGAUAACAAAAAAGAUGAGCGAGGGUUUAAUCGAAAUGCCAGAUGAGCUCAAACAGAUAGCGAGCGACAUUCCAGACUCCCAAACUCCGCCACCCACACCGAGUGAUGCCAAAACUGAAAAGCAGGAGGAGCAGACCGAUCUGGGCGAGCUAGAGCGUGGUAAAUUGAGGGAAAAUGCAUUUAAUUAA